AUGGAUUCGCCUUCUGCACCUCACGAUCGGGAGGCCCCGGCGCCGCCCCGGCGAAGCGACCCGCGAGGUGCGCAGGGCUCAGAAUCUCCCACUGCGGUCCGCGCCUCGAGCAUCUCGCGCCCACAUGCACCACCCGGAACGCCCGCCGCCAGCAGGCUCGAGGAGGCAACCAUUAGCUCGCAUGGCGCUGGAGCGGCCGCAACAGCUGCUAGCGAUGUAGCAGAGACAGGCCUCCGCCGCUCGGUCGAGGCCCCCGAGGGUGAGGCCUCCACCCCAGCGUCAGCAGCCGCGGCGUCGCGCUCGUCCACUGCGUCUCCGCCGUGUCCGCGGACGGCCGAUGGCGAGCUGUUAGGGAUGCCCGGGGCGCCUGGCGCCCCUGGCGACCGCGACACCGAGCUGUGGCUUUUCUAUCCUGCCGCGGCGGCUCCAGAGAGAGAUUUGGACUCAGCAUCCUCCUCCGCCUUCGUCGCCGCGAGCAGCCAGGCACCACACGACACAACCUCAUCUGCGUCCUCCGCUUCGAGUUCCUCGCUGUCCUCCCCGGAUCCGCAAAGCUCCGACGACGCCGGUGGAGCUCCACGUCUGCCCGCGGGCGUCGCGCCCUCGAGCCAGCCGCUGGCAGCGCGUUUGCCGUCGCCCUCUUUGUUCGCGGCACUGGCGCCCUCGUGUGUCUCUGCUUCCCGGGCUCCGGCGCCGCCGGCGAGCCCCUCCUCGACGGAGGGUCCCCCGCCGGGGCUGUCUUCGACCGGCGCCGUGUUCCUUCCGUCCUAUCCGCCGCUGCCCACUUUCUCCGACGACAUGCGCGUGUUUGCUUCCAAGGCGCAGCUCGUCCAUCUUUUGCGCGUCUGCCAGGGCCACUUGGAGUUGCUCGACGCGGCGUUUCUGGAGGAGCGUAGACGGCGGCGGCGAGAGGCCUCCGCGCCCUGCUCCGCGGCGCCCGCCAUGCUCUGGUGCCCCCAGAUCUCUCGCGCUUCGCUGCCGACGCUCGUCGACGCGCUGGAGGCGUCCUCAGGCUCUCUUGUGCAAAUGGGCCACCGCUUGGAUUCGCUUCUGGCGCGAGCGUCCCACGCGACGCUUCUUCUCGCCACGGCCGUGAUCGUGGAGCAGCUGCAAGAUCCCGAGCUGCUGCUUUCUCUCUUCUGCGCCGUGUUUGCCUCGCUCGGCGACACCGAAGCCUACCAGCGACUCCUGCCUUGCAUCGCCCCGUUCAGCGAACUCCUUCCGUCCUCCUCCGCGCCCUUCGCAUCGUCCUCCUCUUCGGCGUCGCCGUCGUCUGGGGCCGACUCAUCUUUGGGCGGCGCGUCGGCUUCGGCCGCACCUUCUGUGUAUGCCUGUCCGCUGCCGGUGUCAACGGUGCCAUUUGCCUCUCUGGACAGCGCGCCGUCCUCGUUCUUGACGGCGGCCGCUGCUGCGUUUCUGUCUCGCUUGCCGGCGCUGCCGCACGCGCGGUCGCGCUGCGGACAGGUGUGGGAUGGGGAGCACGUGGCGUACCGCUGUUUGACGUGUGGAGGGAGCCAGAGCAGCUGCAUCUGCGUGUUUUGCUUCCAAGAAGGCAGCCACCUGGGGCACAGCUACUUCAUCUACCGCUCGAGCUGCGGCGGCUGCUGCGACUGCGGCGACGCCUCCGCGUGGGCGCCCUCGGGCUUCUGUCGCCACCACCCCGGCAGCCGGCGCGACGUCGACCCCUCCGUCGCGCUGCCAGCCUCCUCCAAGUUCGCGCUGGUGCUCCUUCUGCGCGUCCUCGUUCGGCGCCUCGCGAUGCAUGCGCUGGAGAAGAACUGGACGGCGACGCGCGAGCUAUGCGAGACGCUGCUGCAGCUCUCGGAGCAACACGAGGGGAUUCGCAGGUGCGUCGGCCGCGCGAUGCUCGAGGCCGUCCGGGGGACGCCCGAGGACAGCCUCGGCUUCGCGGACUCUGCCAAGCCUGGCGAGGGGCGCCUGUGGCUGCCGCCCAACUACGCGCGGUACGACAGCUGGCAGUCGCUCCUCCUAAACAAGGCCCUCGUACCGACCGCGUUCGCCUCCUCCCCCUCCAGCCCGGGGGGCUCGGCUUCGCCCUCGAUGUUUUCCGAGGAGGAGGAACUCGCGACGCGGGCCGCCGAGGGCGCUGCGCGCGCUGCCGAGGCCGCGGAAAUGGCGGAGCGCAGCGCAGCGGGAGGGACUUGGGGGCUCCUGGGAAGUGAAGAGGGCGAGCGGCGGAUGCUCGCCGCGACAGCGCGCGAGCUGGCGGAGAUCGAGGAGAGGAAGAAAGCCGGAGGCGUCAACGUGAAGGCGUUCGACGACGCGCUCAAGUUCGCGAUAUGGGGCGAUGCGAGCCACAGACAGCGCGUCCUGCGCAGCGGAGACGAGACCGAAGGCGCAGACGGCGUCAAGGAGGAACGCAAGCGCGAGGCCGAGCAGCCAGCGAGAGAGAAGGAGGAGGCGAAGACGCAACGCCCGAAAGAGCCCGACAGGAGCGACAAGAGACAGAGGGAUGGCGAUCAAAAGCGCGAUGCCGACGUGGGCGAGGGGGCACGCGAACGAGGUGCGGAGUCAGCGGCAGGGACUUUGCUUGCUCCGCGGCAGUUCGGCGUCGGCGCCUGCGUGGCUUCCGUGCUUCUCAAGGUCGCGUGCGACAUCUCAGGCCGCCUGGCGGACGACGAGGACGAGGGGAGACGACGCGAGGAGACGCGCGAGCGAGACGAAGCCAAGACGGAGAAGGCCGUUCACGCCUCGCUGACGACGCUGUGGCUGGCGCUCAUGUUCGAUGAGUGGUUCAAGGAGCAGUUCGCGUUUGUUUUUAUCCAGCAGUAUCGCGACCUCGUCCUGAAGAGCGACAGCGCGCUGGAGCGCGUCACGGUUCAGGUUCUGUCGAUUCGGUCGCUGCUCACGCGGCUUCUCUACUCCGGAGUCCUGCUUCCGCGCCUUUUCUCCGCCUGUCGCCUCGUUCUCGCGCAAGCUGUGCCGCUGCUGCUGCCCACCCACCACGCGGACCGCGGCCUCUUCAGCCGAACGCGGAAGCGUUGUAGCUGGCGCGGCUACCCCUCGCCGCCAUACAUCGACGUGCGAAACAGUCUGCUCCACAGACGCGGAUAUACAAACUCCCUCAACGACGUCCGCUACCUCGUCGCCGAAAAGGACCUUUUGAUUCAAUAUCUCUCGGAGCAUCCAGCCCACGUGGCGGCCAUGUGGGACGACGGUUUCUUGCCGCUGUACUGCCUGAGUCAAAACGUGAAUUUGCAUCGACGCCGCACCAAGCUGCACGUCGAGUACGAGGACUCCCACCGCUGGUCGCACUCGCUCUGUCUCGCGAUCGAGCUGGGGCAGAACGCACUCGCCCUCCACGAUAUCCUCGAAGCCUGCCCGUGGCCUGUCGCGGUGCUUAUCUUUCAGAAGGCCCGCCAGCGCCUCCACGCGUGGAUUGGCGCCACGCGGCGCCGCGAAGGCCUCGAGGAAGGCGUCCGCUGGGUGUUCGCCAGCCAGGGCGGCGUCGCGAAGCUCCUCCAGCGGGAGCGCGAGAAACACCAACGCGCGCGGGCCGCCGCCGACCAGGAGGGGCGAGCCGCCCCGGGCGAGGCCGACGCAGACGAGGAGGCGGAGACUCAGAGGCGAGACACGCGACCGCCAUACCCCGAGGCCCGCAGCUUGGAUCACGUGGUGAGCCGCCACCCGACGUCUUUCCACGUGCCGCUGAAUCGUCUCUUUGCGCAGUUGCUCAAGGCGCUGAUGUCGCACAAAGACUGCCCGGUCGGCACGCUUGAGGAGCUGCUUGAUCUGCUCGGCGUCUCCCUCGAAGACCGCAUGGAGGUGUUGGAGCAUCACCUGCGAACUCUCGUCUUCUAUCACCAGGUCACGACCUGCAGCAUGUGGAUACGGAACGGGCUGACUGUGAUGAGCGAGGCGCAGUGCUACAGGCGCACGUUCUACCAGUCGGUUUUGAUUGAUUUAGACUUGACUGCUGCGCGGAUCGGCUGCUGUUCGAUUCCGCCGCCCCUUCUGCUUCUGCACCUGCUCGCCCGCUGCGAGGUGCCCUACGACCUCUCGCUUUCCUCCGCGGGAUCGUCGCUUCUGCUUCCGCUCUCUUUGCCGUCGUCUUCCCCGCGCGCCUCUGCGUCCCUCUCUUCUGCUGGCGCCUCUGCGUCGCCAGCGAGCGCCGAAGGUUCCGCAGCGGCGCCCGAGGACUCCGCGCGGCCGCAGCAAGUGGCCUCUCCGGCGUCGAGCUCGCUAGCGGAGGGCGCCGCCAGCGACCCCCCCGGCCUUCAGGUCGGCGUCGUGUGUGCAUCGACGGAGCCGUGGAUGGAAGAUAUCGCAUUGGUCGCUCCCGUGGCCGCGCGCGGGCCUGCGCCGUAUUUGCCCCCGAGCCGGCGGCGGAGGCACGCGGAGGAGCUCGGUGAGGGGCGAAGCUUGGCGCGGCGCCGCGAGGCUAUGAUUGACGAGGUUCUGUUUGGCGGCAGGACUGCCGAGCAUCUGCUGCCGCAGACGCAUGCGUUCAUGGUGCUACUACUGCAGUUUCUGAACCCGACCAACAGCCUCUUCUGCUCCGAGGAAGAAGUCAUGACCUAUCUGCUAAGACAUCACCUCAUGCGCGGCCCCCAAACGCACUCGAACCUCCAGGACGUCGUCACAAGACCGCACAAACAACAACCGCAGUUUACCGACCUCGUGGAUCGCGUGCUGAAACGGAUUUCGACGUAUCGGGCGGCGGAGGGCAUGACGCCAGGGCAGUUUCACAUCCAUCCGUCCAGCUGGGCCUUCUACGACCCGUAUUUUCCGUAUUUCUCGUGGGCAGAUCACCAGCACAUUGAGGAGGCGUUUCUCGAGCAGAUCAAAGCACACCCCGAAGUGCUCAACAACUGGCUGCCGCGGCCUUCCUUGCCACCGGCAGACGCCGCGGCGCCAUCGACGUCGAAGUCUGCGUCGACGUCCUCUCCUUCCUCGGUUCCAGUGGCGUACAGAUCUUCUUUUUUCGCGUUUUGUUUGAGCCCUGUGGUGCGGAGCGCAGCCUGGCUGCUGACGCUGCAGGUGCUGCUUUCGCAGGCGAGCGACCACCGCUUCAUCCACCUGCUGCUUUCGCUGUUGCUGCGCCUGAUGUCUCUGGAGAUCCUCUGGAAGGAGCAGGAGCCGCCCGAGGCCCGCGCAAGGCUCCGCGCCGAGCUGCGCAGGGGAGACUUGCUGCGGGGUGUCCUGGCUCGGCGGCGAAGCCGCAAGAGGCCGCUCGCCGCAGAGGAGGGUGCAGAGGCCUCCGACGCAGGCGCAGAGGGCGUGUCGUGCUCUGACGAGGAAAGGGAGAAGGCUGAAGAAGACGGCGUCGUCAUUGAGUUGAGAGAGGACGUGGACCUCCUGGGGCUUGCACGGUGGAUGGGUGUGAAUCUGGGAGACUCGCUGCUGCGGAUGUUUCAGCUGCGGCACGUUUUUCAGGACGUCACGGGGCAGGAGGAGGCGCGUUGGUUUUCUGCGCGCUUCGCCUCCGCCAGUGGGAGCAAGAGGCGAGAAGAUCGUGGAGCAUCCGCUAGGCCGUCUCGGCGCGAGCGCGGCGCAUCCGCCUCCUCUUCUUCCUCCUCGCCUUCAUCUGCUGCACAUACCUCGGCGUACUGGGCUGCUGAAGCGCUCAAAACAGAGGGAGAGGACGAGGGAGGCGAGCGGGCGCGGCAGCGAGAGAACGGCUGCGAGCACGACGCAGAGGCCGAUGAAGGGGCUGCCGCAGCCUCCUCUGCCGAAGAGACCUCUGCAGGCGCCCACAGCGACGACGAGGAGGAAGACGAGGCGCGCGACGAGGAGAAGAUCGCGGGGCGAGGCGACCUGGCGAAGACGAAACACGGAGAGAAGAGGACGGAGAGCUUCACGACGGCGACGGAAGGCGGUUUCCCACAGAGCGAGAGUGCAUCCGCGGAUUUUGGCUGGCUAUGCGAGGAGAACCCGCGCGACGACGAGGGAGAUUUCUGGGCUGAAUCCGCGUCGAUGCGACCUGUCUUGGAGGCUGCAGGAGAGGCUCCUGAGGCCCGAAGUGCCUUGCGAGGCGAGCGGAUGAGAACGAGAGGCAGGCAGGUCGGCAGCAGACGGCGAACGCGAGAGGACGCGGAGGCCGAGCGGUCUGCACUGCGCCUGCGCGCGGCGAUGCUGUGGGAGACGGGUCGCGGCGUCUUUUUCCCCGAUGACGAAGAGGAGGAGGAGUUAAGCAGCAGCGACAGCGAGGGCGACCGCGACGAGCUGGUGGCCUGCAGGGAGGGCGCCGCCAGCCAGGAGAGCGACCAGGAGGAUGACGACAUGGCGGCGUACAUCGACUGGGGCUACGGGCCGCGAGGCGGCGAAGCUCCCGGCGCGAGGAGGCAAGAAUCUGGCGAAGAAGACGUCGAGAUGACGGCGCACCGCGGCGAGGACGCAGACGAUGGGAGACUCCGGCGGGGGGCUGCGCAGGACGCUGUCUCUUCGUCGAGCUCUCGCGGGCCUCCAGCGCCCCCACGUCCCGCAACGCCAGAGGCCCUUGGGACUGCCGAAAGCCCCGGAGACGCCAGCCGUACCUUGCCCGUAUCGCUGCUCGAGGCGGAAGGCGCGUUGGCGGCUGCCGCCAGCCAGCCGUCUUCCUCUUCGCCGUCGCUUCUCGCGCCUCAUCCGCGUGCGGAGGCUGACGAGGCGGAGGACGCGCGCGAGGGCGCGCUGGGAGCGGGGAAAGACAGCCCGACUGCGCGGGCCGCUAGCCCAGAGGGAGGUGACGAAGAGAGAAGGAGCAUGCGAGGCUGGCGCCGCCGGCGCAGACGAGUUGGCACAGCUUGGGCGACGACUGCGAAGGGCGUCGAGGGCCUGCUGGAUCUCCUGGGGCAGGACGCGUUCGUAGUUGACGCGGCGUCAUCCUUGGGGGCUAGCGAAGGGGACCCUUCUCCCCGCAGAGAAAAAGAAGAGAACGGCGAAGCGCGCCUGAUCGUUGCAGAGACUGGAGAAAUUCUCUACGAUCGCGACGACGCCGGCGCGCCCUGGAGCGUCUUCUCAGAUCCUCUUCUCCUCGCGCUUCAUCGCCUCAAGAAGGAGGAGCUCGAGCGCCACAGCGGCGGAGUCGCGGCUGCCUCUCCCGCGGCGCUUUCUCUUCAGGCUGCCUCCUCGCUCUCUGCCUCGGACUCUUCGCCCUCUGAGGCCCCCGGCGCAGCCGCCUCCGCGUUGGAGGCGCGCUCGGCAUCGCCUGCUUUCUCGCCGUUCCCCUCUGGCUUUCACGUGGAGGCGGUGGCUGAUCCGCAGGGGGCCUCAGCGGCGUCUGCACUCUUCGCCUCCGCGCGCGAGAACGAUUUUUGUUUGCGUGCUGGCGCGGCUGGCGAAGUGGCGAGGCGCCUGCUCGACAAGAUGCAGAGGAGACCCGACUUCACGCGGAGUUCCGCGGCGCGCGGCCGCGCAGCGACGCACGCCGCUAAGACCGAAAAACGAGGAGGCGAAGAGCCGGUGAGCGCGGCGCCAGAGGUUGACUCGAGCAACCUCGAUGGAGAGACCUCACAGAAGGCAAGGGAGUUCGCGGCGCACGUUCUGCCUUCUGCUUCUGCCUCUCUGUCGUCUUCGUCUUCUUCCUCCUCCUCAGCGGCGUCCUCUCCGUCCGCGCUCGCUUCUUCUCACGCGGCCUCUUCUCCUGCGCUCUCCUCGUCUUCGUGGCUAGAGCAAACGACGGCGGCCGCCCGCACAGCUGCCAUCGAGGCAGGCGACCUCGCCCCGGUGCCGCUGUCGGAAGGGUCCUCGCUGUCCGCACUGCGAUCGUUCGCCGAUCUUUUCCGGCGUCCCAGCGCCGCCGCGCAGCCUGCUGACGUUGCCUCACCCGCGUCUUCCACCGAUGCCUCGUUGACCACGGCGUCGGGAAGCGGCCCCGCCGCUUCCUCCUCUGCAGCCGCCGAGCGAAUCGGCGACGGCCUGGGCUCCUUUGCAGCUACGCUUCGCCAGCACUUUGCGGACAUCCUCCAAGGCGGCGCGAGCGACGAUCGCGGGGAGGAUCCGCGCGAAGAGGCAUCCUCGCCCUCCUCGUCCUCGUCAGUGGCGUCUGCGGCUGGGCCCCGGGCGGCCGCCUCUCGGCGAGCCGCCAAUCGCAGCGGACAGCGGCACCGCGCUGAAGGCGAGCUCGCGCUCUCGGCGUCUGCCUCCUCUCGCGCGGGCGCCGACUCACAGGAGCGAACGCGCGGGGAGGCGGCUGCGGGAGAGGCUGAAGGGGAAGAAGACGACGACGAGGAGUUCGAAGAGGAAGGCGUUUUGCGGCUCGAGGCGCCGGAGGAUUUCCCGGGGAGUGGCAGCUGGCAGGUGACUCUUCUUCGCGCUGUCGUCGGGGGCGCUCAGAGCGCCGAGCGGAACUUGGCGAACUUGCAGGUCGUCGCGCGGCGGCUCCUGCGAGGCGCCGACGAUGAAGACGAGGACGGCCAAGCGGCUGUCCUGAGAACGCGCAGCGGCUCGGUCUCCAUCGUCCUCGGGCGCCGGGCGCCCGCGGCGGGCGCAGGCGGCGGGAGCGCGAGCGCGAAGAGUCGGCGCCGCGAAGGCCAGGCUCGCGAAAACGCGAAGAAAAAGGAAAUAUGCGACGCACUCUUGCGUCUGAUCCGCGGACGAAAGCGAGCUCCACCGGAAUUCCCAUUCCUCAUUCGCUUCUCAAUGCUCCAGAUCCUUUUCGCGAUGCGGCACUGCCCGCGGUACGAGGCGCACUGGCAGCAGCUCGACUGGGUGCUUCAGUCGGCGGCGCGCCUGGAUUCCAGAGUGGCGCGACGGCUCCGCCGCUGGAAGCGGGCCAUGGCGACCGCGGUCGCGACUGACGCUCCAAUCCCCACAACAGUCCUCAGGGCGAGACCGGGGGCGGUGCCGUCGUUGGGUCUUCCCAAGCGAAAAAUAUGUGCAGAGUCGGACGAGAGACGAGGCGAGGCCAAGAAGGCGAGCUCUUCUUUUGCAUGCCGAGGAGACGACGGUGCUGAGUCAGCUCUGGAGGACGUCGAGGAAGGAGACGACGUCUGCAUGGAGGGCGACGACAGGCGAGGGGACCGCCAGGGGCCUUCAGGGCCGCGGGCGGGCGCCGGCGACGGCGGCGACGGCGAGGAGGCGAUACCGGCGGCUGGAGGGUCUGGCGGGCUACAGGACGAGGCAGCGGAAGACGCCAAACGCGGAGAAGAAUGGAAAGAGGCCGUGCGCCGUCGCCAGGAGCAAGUCCUGGCGGCGUAUCGGCAGCAGCAGGAGGCCUUUCAGUCUGGGAAUCAGCGCGACUUCGAUGAGGCGAAGUUUCUGGCGGACUCAGACGUGCCACGCUGUGUCUCCUGUCGCCUAGAGGAGGAGACGCUUCUCAGCUUUCUCUCUUCGUCCGGCUCGCCGCUCUCCGAAGACUACGAGCGCAUCUUCGGCGCUGCGGCGCGCUGCUCUUCGCCGUUCAACUCUCCCGGUACCGACCCUUUAGGCCUUCUCUGUCAUGUCCAACUGACUGCGGUGGGCAACGCCCCGCGCCCCUCGAUUCCGCCCUGUCUUCUCCAGCCCCCCUGGGCCGUCGCGGCCUACGGCGCGUCGGCUGGGGGCGGUGCGGCUGGAGACACUGGGCGGGCCGCUGCGGCGCGCGCGGCAGGCGCCGCCGGGUCGCGCGACGGAGCGCCCGCGGCCGGUGGAGCCCCUCGCAGUCGGAGCGGUUCGGGCAGCGCCGCGGGCGCUGGCGCCGCCGGGGGGGCGGUGGCGUCAGGUCUGGGGCCGCUCUCAGGGUCAGGCGUCGACGGGGCCCUAGGCGCCCUUGCCAGAGCGAGCGGCCGAGAGCCUGGCGGCGCGGAGGAAGCGCUGGAGGGCGGCGAGUCGCGGCUUGCGGCUCUGGGCUUGAGUGGGGAUCAACUCGAACACGUGGACGAUGGGAUGUUCGACGCCGAAGCGGCCGCCGAGAUCCUGGACGGCGUGGCGUCUCCCGCAUCCUUCAGUUACGACCUGGUGCCCAACCUCCUGUCCCCGCUGGGGGCCUUCCAAGGCUUUCAGAUCCGCAGUUGCGGCCACCGCAUUCAUCUGAGUUGCUACCGGCUUUAUCAGAAGUCGCAGCGGCACCACCUGUAUCUCUCGCAGCUUCUCCUCCCCUGCCCCUACUGCCACCAGCCUUGUAACCUGCUGCUCAUCGACGCACCUCCGCCGGCGGUCGCGCGCCUCCAAUUGCACGGCCUCUUGACGGCUCAGGUGCGCAAGGCGACUCUCGCCCUGACGGACGGCACCGCGGCCAGCGCGACCGGCGGCGCUUGCGAGGCCGGCGCCAGGGAUCAAGAGGUCAGCAGGCGCGAGACGAAGGCCGCGGCAUCGCCGGCCCUCUCCGCGGCGCCGACGCCUCCCGACAGGACGUAUGGCGGCCUGGCGACGCCCUCGGCGCGUGCGAUCGCUGGAGGCCCCGCGCCCUUCGGUCGAGGGGACGGGUCUGCCAAGGCCGGCGCGCGAGGCGAGUCCCCAGACGCUGCUUUAUCGCCAUCGGCCGCCGACGACGAUGGCGCGUCGACGCCCGCUGCAGUUUCGUGGACUGUCACUCUGGGUCGCUUCGUACGCCGCUGCGAGAAGCUUCGAGAGCAGCGCCGAGUUCUCGCGCCGUUGCUUUGUCCCCCCUCCUCUAUGCGGCACGACCGCCCGCCUCUUCCCUCGUCGUCGCCUCUGCUCCUUCAGGCCCCGAUGCUGCAAACGCCCGCGGGCAGCGAUCUUCUGCAUCUCUGUCGCGCGUCGCUCCGCAUCUCGCCUAUCCACCUGCCCGCGCCUGUUCUGUGGUCCCCGUCGCCGACGACGCUCUGGCGGUCGUCGGGCUCCAUCGGGCCGUCGGGCGCCACGUUUGACGCCGCGAUUCUCUUCUCUGAUUUGGCGGCAUUCCCGCCGCGCACUGCAGAGGCGAGCAGCUUCGGCCUCGCAGGCCGGUCGUUAUUCUCGCGGGCGCCGCUCAGCCGCGGGAGGACGGCGCGCACGCCCGUCGCGGUCUCUCCACCGAAGUGUCUCCAGCUGGCGGUCCCCGCGUGGGGACACCCGGAGGGCCUUGGGAUCCAAGGCCCGACCGGGGUCCGCGACGGGGCAGGUCUGGACGGCGAAAGCCAACGGCCAAGGGACCGGCGAACCGGCGGGCACGGCGAGCGGAGCCCAGAGGUGCCCGCAGAGGGAGAAGACAAGAAGGGAGCGAAGCAGGAUGUCGCCAGCGGCUCCGAGGAGGAAGGCCACAUGGAGGAGUGCUCUGAAGAUGUAGACGUGCCCUCAGAGUCCUCGAGAGGGGACACUGUUGGCGAGCGUCCCUACGGCACAGAUGCUGCCGGAGACGAAAGGGCUCCUACGCCCCCCGCGGAGGCCUCUGGAGCCUGCACGACCCCGGGCCUGUCGCCGUCGCCGUCUUCAGCCGCUGCGGCCUGUUCUUCGGGCUCUUCGUCUUCGUGCCUAGAGCCCUCCUCCCUGGAGAGCGAGGGCGCGGGAGGUAGGGCCGGAGGCGACGGGCGGCUUGACGACGGCGGAUGCCUCUUUUGGACCCCGCAAGACGUGUCACGCCUAUACGGUCACGCGGCGGCGAGCGCCCAGCAGGAGGGAGGCGGAGCCCUACCGCGGAACGACUUUGUGGUCCACCCGCUCGCGGUGGUGUCGAAGCUCAUCAGUGACUCUGUUGAGCACACGGAGAUGGUUCUGCGCAGUCGCCCGCAAGGCGAGCAGGGGCUGUCCUCGUGGCGCUCGGAAGUCCUCCACGGCAGCUACGCUGUGUACCUGCACAUGGCGGAGGAGCUUCAGCACGUCGCAGUCGGCGACGCGGGCGUCACCGCCUUCGACGUUUAUCUCCACGACCUCGAGCUCAUGGCGCUGUUCCACUGUCCCCUUUUCCCUUCUCUUCUCGGUCAGCCGAUCGUCGCUGCGCCUCCGACAGGAUCUCCCCCGUCUUCGCGGUCGCUCCGCAGCCCGGUUUCGGGCGGGCGCCCGUCGUCCGUCUCCUCUGCGACGCAGGGCGGGUUUUCUUCCUCCGCCUCCACCGUCUCUCCCUUAUCUCCGGCGCCUGCUGCGGGCGGCGUUUUGCCGUCGGACGCCUGCGCGUACGUGGACCUCGUUCUCUCGCUGUCUCUGAUGCAGCCUGCGACCCGCUUCCACCUGCUCACGCGCUUGUUUUUGGCCUUCCACGCGCAAGCGCUGGCGGCGAAAGCCGAAGAAAGCGCCGGCGGCGUGGGCCGGCAUCUACGCGCUGCCAUCGAGGCCGCAGAGCGGGGCGCCCGCGCCGCGGAACGUUUCUUGCUGGGCCCCGCGGCCGCCUCGCCCGGCGCCUCCGCAGCCCCCAGGCGGUCGCCGUCCUCGAGCGAGGCCUCAGGCGAGAGUGCGCGGUCGCAGCGAGUGAGCGACGCACCGGUCGCUGCGCAGGCUGGACUCCUGGACACCGACGCCGAGGAAGCCGAGCGCGAAGAAGAGCGUGAUCUCGACGCAGAGGAGGAGGGCCGCAGCCGAGCUCGCGGGGCCGGCGCGAGGCGCCGCAGCAGCGGCGCCGACGCGGAGCCGAGCGAGAGGCGGGGAACGGAAGGUGAAGGGUGGCGUUCGCUGGCGACAGUUCUGCAGGAAAUCGAGGAGGAGAUCGCAGCCGCACUGGGCGCUGAGGGUGAACAGGCGAGCCAGGCGGCCAGCCAGGGAAGCGCCGGUGCACGGCCGGCGGCAGAAGAAGAGGAGACAAUGAACCCGGGCGGCGACCAGGAGGCGCAGACUGCCGCGCCGGCGUCUGGGAUGAGUGCGUCGUCGCAGUCGGCUGCGGUUCACGCGGCGGGGAUAGACCGCGCGAAAGGGGCACGAGGUGCGCCGGCGGCUUCAGCGAGUACUAAGGCCACACGGCGGCAGCGCGCACACUUGGAGACUCUGGAGCUGUAUGUGCAGCUCUUCUUCCUCUCCGAAGUCGUUGCCAUUCUUUGGCAGUGGUGGGACCGUCUUCCUUUUCUUUCGGCUGAGUGGAGCCUGCCGUCACAGGGCGAGAAGGGCGACGAGGCCGAGGCACCGGCAUGGAGAGAGAUUUGGCGCGUGCUUCGCCGGCGCGCGAAGCAACAGAGGGACGCGCGGCUCCUCCCCAAAGUUCUCGAGCUGUCCGCUGCGUCUCCGUCGUCUCUAGCGAGCAGGGGGCGCCGCGGCCUCUCGACUCCGCUAGAGAGAGUGCAGGCGGAGCCGACGCCGCCCAUGCGCGCGGCAGACGGACAUGCUGGCGGCCUGCCGCAGCUAGCGCUCGCGACCGUGGGCGCUUCCCAUGCAAGCCCCGGCGCCGCCGAGAGGGCCGAUGCAGAGACGGCGAGCGGCGACAGCGGGAGGCCGCAGUGCGAGAGUCGGCGCGAAGAGGAGGAGGAGAAGGCGGAGAAGACGACGAGCAAGCGCCGCAGCACGAGUCGAAAAACUGAGGAAGACGAGGGCGCGGACGGCACCGACGAGUCAGGUCGCCGAAGGAGGAAACGCAACUGCGAAGACGAUGCAGGGACCGGGGGUGGAGGCACACACGGCGCCGGUCGAAACGACGCACACAGGCAGGACGCGUUCUUGGAGGCCGCCAGAGGGGAGGCAGGUGACGCAGCGGCCAGCAUGCACACGGAAGAAGAAGGGGAACGGCGCGGGCGACUGGGAGGUGCCUCACCGGGGCUGUCGACGCCAGGCCAUCCAGCAGAAUCGGGGAGAAAAGAGCGGACCGAAGGCCAGGGAGCACCUCGUCGCGCAGAGCCGAGCGACGGAGGCAGUGCAAAGCAGAAGGCUUGCACCAGAGAGAGGGAGGAAGAACGCGAGAGGAGGCAAACAAGAGGAGACGGUCUGUUUGCAAGGCGAGCGCACGCUGCCUCGCAGCGAUUGAUCACCCUGUGGAACGAGGAGGUUGAGGCGGAGCCGCUCGAGUGGGAGAGCGACAUGGCGGUCCUGGAAGAAACCAGACGGGCAGACGGGGUCUCUGCGGGCGUCUGGCUCGAGGACCUGCGCCUGUUGGGGCGGCGGCUGCCCUACUCGCUGCGGAAGGAGCAGCUCGGCGUGGCGGCCUGGCGCGUCCGCUUCGGCGUCGACCGAGACUGCAAAAGGCGCCACAGCGAUGGGCGAGGCCCCGCGGAAGACAGGGGAGAAGGCGCGGCAGACGACGACUCUACAAGACGCAGCGGGCAUGCGUUCGCAGACGAAGAGUCUGCGGAGGAAGACAACUUGGCGCUGACGAAGGAGUAUCUCUUGAGUGUGUAUGCGGCCCGCGCGGAGCGGGCGGCGGAGCUCAAAGGGGCCUCGCAGGCUUCUUGGCUCCAUCCCACGGCGGCGCUCUCGCGUGCGUCGCUCGGCGGGCUCAAACCCUCUUUGGUAGACCGCGUCUCGCCGCCGUUCGGCCUGCUGGAGGCCCCUGGCGCCUUCGCGGUGGCUGACGAACAGGCCGAGGGGCCAGAAGACGCACACAAACUGAAAGGCGAAAAUGCGGGAGAAACGGGAUUCGAACCCGCGACCGGCGGCAUGAGCGAAGACGACAGAAAGCAGGUCAUCACGCGAGUUGUCGAGGCCGGUCUCGUCCCCUGGCUGAGAAAACUCCAUCUGCUGGCCAAGGUCGUCUACCCUGAGCAUGCCCUGCCUUUCGAGGAGAUCAAGACGACCUACGAGAUGCUCGGGCCGGCGAGCGCGAGCGACGCGCCCGUGCUGCACACAGCGCCGCUGCCCGCGUGGUUGCCGUCGUCUUCGGCGCCUGCGCCACUGUUCGAGCCCCGCGCGUCGCCGGCGGCUUCCGCCUCGCUGUCUGACCUGCUCCCGGCCGGGAUGGAGCUCUACGACCCCGCAGAGGAGUGCUCGAUUCUUCUAGAGGCGCUGCCGCUGCCUCGCUCUGUCCGCGGGUUCCUCUUCGGCGACGACGAAGAGGAACCCUGGGGCGCCGACGCGGCAGCUGCAGAGAGAAUGCGCAUGGAAAAAGAGGAAGAACUUGCCAGCGACCGAGAGCAGGUCGCCGCGGCGUUGGGACCCUCGCGCGGCGGCGCGGGGUGGCCGCACGGUGUCUCCGAGGCUCGCGCCCUCCGGCUUCUUCUUCAGGAGUCUCAACUUCUCUGCUGUUUGUCUGCGAUGCCGCCCUGCGCGACGUCGCUCACGACGUUGGUGCCGAUCGUCGUCUCGUCUCGCGCGGGUCACGAGUUGCUGUUGCGUCUUUUCCAAGACUCGCUUCGGCUGGCGUUGACGGAGAAGAGCGGUCAGGCGCUUCCUCCGCCGUCGUCUCUGCUUUGGGCGGCUCCGCUUUCGUCUGCGCGCCCGCUGUCGCUUUCUUCUUCCUCGUCGCCGACUCUGUCGCCGACAGUCUCCCCGUUCUUCUUCCCGGCCGCUGGCUGCGCGCCGGGGGCGUUCCUCUUGGAGUCGCUGGUGAGCCCGGUGGCGGAGGCCCGCGGAGGGGACGCGGACGCCCUCCGCCAGGCCGCGGCGGCGCUCGACACCUACACGGUUUACUUCCAUCCGCUCACGCGGCGGCUGCUGCCGGAGGAUCUGGCCAGCUUCAUCGCGGCGACACGCAUGAAGUGCACGCUUCUCUUCUCGACUGCGAGAAAGGGAGGCAGACGCAGAGACGGAUCUGCGACAGAUGGCGAAGACCAAAGAUUCACCGCCGUCUACGUCGCGCAGUUCCUCCCUCACCACACCUUCCUGCCGAAACUGUAUCAACAGUUCUACAAUCACUUCCUCCAGCUCGGGGCAUACACGCCUGAAGUCGGACUACAUGCGACUCCGUCGUGUGCAGUUUGCGUGUCUUGUGGUGCCUUCCUCUGUGCGCUCGACUGCUGCGAUGCCAAAGUUUCGGUCCGCGGGGCGAGUCGACUCCCCAAUCGCGUCAUGAAUCUCCGCCGACACGCCAUCACGUGUGGAAUGGGGCUCGGGCUGUACCUGCAUCUCUCCGCGUCGGCUGUCUACACAGCAGCUGUCGACACGGCGGUUGAUCGAGACGCCAAGUGGGGUUGCCUCCACCUCGACGCCUACGGCGAGGAAGAUCCGCUGCUGAAGCGCGGGAAGCCUCUCCAUCUCUCGCUGAAUCGCCUGGCGCGUCUCACAGACGACUGGCGGCAGCACCAAAUUCGCCUUCUCCGCAGACUGCAGUGGUCGCGCAUGGACUCUAGCUCGACCAACCAUGCGGCUCAGGGAAUGUAA